AUGAAACAACUUCUGAAACUUUUUCAAGAAACUGUCUCACUCAUAAAGGAAUAUUUUUGGUCGAAAAAUGUGGUAGCUUUUUCCAAAGAAGAUUUUAUAGAAAAGUUAGACUAUGUUGACAAAGCAUUUGAACUAUUCACUGAAAUUAUGAAGUUCCGCAGUAUAUUAAAGCCGUGUGUGACGAAACUCUACAAAUUUUGCAGUUUCACACUACUUCCAUCGCUCAAAAGCGAGUUUAUUUUUAUUUUUUAUGUCUCAUUACUUGGAAUGGAGACUUUUGGAGAAAACGGAUUGGGGCACUUUCUUCUUUUUAUGAAAGUUCAAUAUUGUAAAGAAAUUCUUAGAUUUUUAUGUUCACCUGAAGUACUGCGUGAGCUGAAAUCAGAAUGGAUUCAUGUUUAUGAUGAAUCGUUUGUUGAUACUUUUCUGAUUAAACCUCUUGUAAAAUGGAAGCCCGUAUUUAUAGCCUUUCAAAAGUCUCUGGAAUCAGAACAAAGUACACCCGAUCAUAAGAAAAUUACAGAAGUUCAACCAUUCAGGUUAACGCAACCAAGGCCCCGAUCUAUUCUUAUACCAGAUAUUAUUCCAAAAAUGCAAAAAAUGCGCGACCCUCCAUUGUCUACUUAUAAUCAACCACCGGAAAUUUCUUUAUUACUCAUGGAAAAAAACAAGAAUCAUGAACAGACUGAAAAGUUAAAAAUUCAAAGUGAUAGGCUUAAACCAAAAUGUGCAGAAAUAAUUUAUGGUGAUGCAAAAACAAAGAAUAAUCAAAAUGAAUAUAAUUUUAAGAAUGAUUCUUCAGACAACAUAGAAAAUACCAGAAAUAACAAAAGUAUGAUGAAUCCUUCGGUCAAAUUGGAAAGUCAAAGAAUCAGCUCAAAUAAAAGAAAUUAUUUGUCUGUUUUAAACAAAACCGCAGUGGUUAAUACAAAUGCUGUUAGUAUAUUACGUGAAUGGAAAUUGUAUUCGGAUAGAGAGAAGGAACAAAGACAAAAGCUUUGUGAAUUAGAAUCUGGAGCGUUUACGAAUGCUGCUUAUAAUUCUUGGAAACAAGAAGAAGAAAUGAAAAUUAAAUUAAAUCAACUGAAAAAAAUGGAACGUAAUCGUUUAAAUGUAAUGAUAAGUCAUGAAGCAUCAUCAACAGCUAAAUUUGAUCUUUGCUGUAAACGAAAAAUUGCGGCUAAUAAACUUAGAAAUGAAAAACGUGCCAAGCUAUUGGAAUUUUUAAAUGAAAAGAAAUUACAACAGGAUAAAAUGAAUAAAGUAGCCAAAGAAGUUGCUAGUUCACAUGAAAAUGCGAAAAUUGCAAAGAAGAAGUUGAUGGAAGAAAAGAAAAAAUCAGCUAGUGAAAUACUUAAGGAAAGUAAACAACUGUUAGAUGAAGCUGCAAUAAAAGCCGAAGAGGAGAAGAAAAUAAAAAAAGAAUUGAUAAGUCAGAUUCAAGCGGAAGAAUUAUCGGCCAUAAUGACGAAAUCACGAAAUGUAAAACAAAUUGAUUUAACCAAUACACCCGGACAUGGUUUACUAAAUGAAAUGUCUAUAAUUGAGUUAAGGGAACGCCUUAAUCAAUUGAAAAUUAAUAAACAACGUGAAUUGGAAGAGAAAAGAGAUGCAAUAAUAAAUGAUAAAGAACAAAAAACAAAAGUUUUAUUAGAGUUACUUACUCGAAUUGGCAAACACAGAAGUGUAAAAACUGUAGCUGCAACGAGAAAAAUGGUAAAUAAUGGAGAUGAAUGAACACAUUGCGUUGGGAAAUAGACGGAGAUAUGAAUAACAACUGGAAAUAGCUGGAAAGAAUUGCCCAAGACAAGGUUGAAUGGAGAGUACUGGUGGGUGGCCUAUGCGUCUUCACGAGGAGUAACAGGUGUAAGAAAGUAAGUCACUAAUUAAUAGCUCCAAGAUGGAUUUCGUGGAGUUCUGUUGAGAAUCCGUGACCAGUGGAGUUCAGUCCGUGUUGCGUGUAAGACAGUUAUCUACUUCAGACAAUGGAUGAAAGGUUGCGCAAGAUUGAGGAUCGCUUGAAGUCAGACAUUAACACCGAUGGAUUCCGGUUUAAUGGUCUAGAGGUUAAGCGUUCGCUCUCGAAACCGAACGUACUGAGUUUAAGCUAAUUAUACCUCAAUUUCCUAAUAUUUUCCAGUAAUUUCCGUAUGUUCUGU